UUAGAACAAGAAAGACAGAAGGAUCAUGGAAGAAACGCAAAUUAAAACGUCGGAAACGGAAGAUUUUUUAAUUUUCAAGUGGUUUGGUGUAUCUCCUAGUCGGGCCAACUCCAAAGAAGGUAACGUAAGUCGGAAUCGAUUACCAGUGACCACCAUCUUCAAAACCCUCCAAUCUAUAAAGUUCCAAGAACUUCAAAGCCUGUUUGGUGUGGAAGUCAACAGAAAGGAACUGUUCGCAGAUCCAUCUCUUUCCACCCUCACUUCAAAAUCAUCAUCUUUCUUCGAUAUUUGCCUAUAAACCGCCGAACCAUUGGGCAGAUAAUCUGAAGUUAUAGCUUUUUUUUUUUUUUUCUCUCCCUUUCCUUCUGGCUCUGUUAUCUUCCCAUUUUCCAUGUCUGGGGUGUAUUUCUAUUUGGGUCUUGUUGUUCUGAGCCUACUUUCUAUCAGCUGCGUGGUGACUUCAGAUUCUUCACUGGGGUCACGUCGUUCGAUCCUUAGAGCAGUCAAAAACAAUGUUAAUAAUGGAGAUCUUCGAGAUUAUGCCGUUGACUUGAAUGCGACGAAUUUUGAUGCUGUUCUGAAGGAUACUCCUGCUACUUUUGCUAUUGUUGAAUUCUUUGCUCAUUGGUGUCCUGCUUGCAGGAUUAUAAGGUACUAUUUACCAAAAUAUAGUUUAAAAUUUGAGGGUUAUUUAAUUAAUAAUUUGGAACUAUUGUUAUUCUCAUUUUCAAUUUCUAUUACAGCCGCACUAUGAAAAGGUUGCACGGCU